AUUAACAGGGAAAAUAUUAGGCAGAUGACCCACGAUGUAUAUAUAUUAACUACAGAUGCAAUAAAUCCGUAAAUAUUACAAACCCAGCCUGUCUGUCUCCCUGUUUCUUCCAUUUUAGACCUUCCAUUUUCGAUCUCUCCUUUCUCUGUAAUUAUUUAUUUGGUUCUGACUCUCUGUCGAAAGCUCCAUUGAAGGCAUGGGAGGGUUCGAAGAGGCCGAGAUUGACCGACUUCCGAUUGAUCUUCUUUCUCAUAUAUUCGUUCUAGUGACUUCCUUUAAGGAUUUAGCAAAGGCCAGCGUGGUAUGCAAGGAAUGGAAACAAGCUGUGGAGCAAUCUAUGGCUUCGAGAGAGAGACUGAGCUUUACUGGUUGGAAAAUGGACGAUCAACCCACCGCUCGCCUCGUUCUCCAUGCUUACAAUCUCAAGGAGCUCGACAUUUCAAGGAGCCGUUGGGGUUGCCAAAUAACAGAUGUUGGACUAUACCAAAUAUCUUCAGCAAAAUGCGUCGGCAACCUGACUUCAAUAUCCGUAUGGGGUAUGCCAGGGAUCACCGAUAAAGGCAUUGUUCCUCUGAUUUCAAGAACAACUUCCUUGCAACACCUGAAUAUUGGCGGUACAUUCGUAACAGAUGAAUCUCUGUUUGCCAUCGCAGAGAGCUGUCCACAUUUGAAGACUAUCGUCCUGUGGAGCUGCCGGCAUGUAACUGAAACUGGACUUUCCGUUCUUGUGAAUAAAUGUCGCAAACUUGAAUCGAUCAAUGUGUGGGGUACAAGGGUUCCUGCAGGAUGCUUCAUUAGGUUGCUUACCAUCAGCCCAGCGCUUAAGAUUAAACCCCAAGGACAACUGCUAGAUGUUGGAAGGGUUUCCAUGUGGCCCAUUGUUUAAAUUGUUAUGCCAUUUAUGUACAGAUUGAAAGUGAAAUGAUCGAAGUAAUACAAAAGUACCAAGUGUAUGUAACCCUAGAAAAAACGACAAUGCAAGGAAAAAUUGGAGGCAAACUUUCCAAAGCCUUGUUACUCGAAUCAAUGGACCAUCCUAAAACAUUUUCUUUGGA